GAAAGUUUUGAAUGUUUAAAAUUUUAUAUAUUUCGUUUAGAAUAUUCAUUAGAUGAUUAUAAACAUCGAAAGAUUCAAUGGAAUUUUCAAACAUUUCGACUAACAAUAUUAUUGACAAUAAUUUCAUGGCUUAAUAUUGCAUUUAUAAUUUAUCAAUAUAAUCAACCAAAUAAAUUUUUAUUAAAAUCAUUUAAAAAAUUAUCCAGAUUAUUUUUCGAAUGUCAACAUAUUGAUUUAUUAUUAUUAUUUAUAAUAAUAAUAUUAAUAAUAUUAGAAUAUCAUUGGUUUAUAUUGAUCAGGAAAAUUCUGCAUUAUAAAUUUCGACCAAAUGAAUUGUUUAUCAAAUAUUUAAGUAAAUUUAAUAAUCAAAAAUUAAUUAUCGAAAAUCGUUAUCUAAUCCGGUUUAUUUGGAUUGGUAAUCUAAUGACAAAAUCAUUGAAUUUUAUAAUUGGUGUUCUAUCAACAUUUUUAUCAUCAAAUGGUUUAUAUUUAUUAUUGGCAAGAUUACCAUAUUAUAAUCAAAAUGUUUGUAAAAAAUUAUUAAAUUUGAUUGCAAAUUCACAACAACGACAACGAAGAAAAUAUUCACUUUUCAAUUGUAAUCGAUUAUUUUACCUCAAACAAAUGAUUAAAUCAAAUUUAUUUGUACAAAAAAUUUCAACAAAUCAAUUUGGUUUUACAUGUGGUCAGAUUUUUUUUAUUACAAGAUAUAAAUAUUUAGAAUUAUUUCUAAUGAAUUUUGUACUUGUCUUGUUGUUUUAUAAGAAAAUCUAUCUUUUAAAUGUUACCUUGUAA